GGGUCUGGUGGUAUGACUUAUUCGUGAGACGGUUGAAAUCAUGAUUGAUAAUGAAUGAUAUAAUGGAAUCCUGAAGGCUGUAUCGAUUUUGGUCCAGUCUGUGUAAACUGUAACUUUUCUUGUAGAUACGGAUUAAUUUUUGAGUGAAAUGUCUAGUGAUUCCGACUACCUCGUUAAAUUAAAAGGACAGAUACCAGGAAUUAUAUCAUGUCGCUACCUUCUUGCCUUCCUCGGCUGCCUAGGAUUUGUGAAUGUCUAUGCAAUGAGAGUGAACUUGAGUGUAGCUUUGGUUGCCAUGACAAAAACUUUAAACAGAACAAACAAUUAUACAGGUGCAGUGUGUCCAGCUGAAUCGUACAACUCGACAAAAGAGGAGGGAGAUUUUGAUUGGGAUGAACAAACACAAGGCUUAAUUCUAUCUUCUUUCUUCUAUGGAUACAUCUGUACUCAAAUACCUGGAGGCUGGCUUGGGGGUAUUUUUGGAGGAAAACAUUUAUUCGGGAUUGGUGUUUUAUGCACCACUGUUUUCACCUUGCUUACUCCUCUUGCAGCCCAACAUGGUGUUGGUUACCUGGUUGCUCUCCGAGUUUUAGAGGGCUUAGGAGAGGGUGUGACAUUUCCAGCAAUGCAUGCGAUGUGGUCAAACUGGGCUCCUCCAUUUGAACGCAGUAAACUUCUCACUAUUACGUAUGCAGGAUCUCAACUAGGGACUGUCAUUUCCAAUCCAUUAUCGGGAUGGCUCUGCUCAACCGAUUUUCUUGGUGGAUGGCCUUCUGUGUUUUAUGUCUUUGGAACUUGUGGAGUGAUUUGGUUCGCUGCUUGGACACUACUUGUUCAUAAUUAUCCAGAACAACAUCCUAGGAUAUCACCUCAAGAAAGAGAAUUCAUCGAGAAGUCCAUUGGCAAAGUUGAAAGCAAAGCUGUAAAACUUCCAAUAUUGGCUAUGGCCAAGUCGUUACCAUUAUGGGUUAUAGCAAUUUCUCAUUUUGCAAACAAUUAUGGGUUCUACACCAUGCUUACAAACCUACCAUCUUAUAUGAAGAACAUUCUUGGCUUUGACAUUACAAGAAGUGGAUAUUUAUCAGCUGUACCAUAUAUUGCAAAUUGGUUGAUCAUUGUUAGUGGCGGUCAGAUUGCAGAUUAUUUGCGUUCUCAUGGUUAUCUUAGCACUACAAAUACAAGAAAGCUAUUUAAUUCAUUGGGUAUGAUGUUGCCUGCUCUGUUUCUUGUCCUUACUGGAUACGUUGGUUGUAAUAAGCCACUUGCAAUUUUAUGUUUGACACUAGCCGUUGGCUGCGGAGGUUUUUCCAUGUCAGGGUUCAACAUCAAUCAUCUCGACAUUGCUCCAAAGUAUGCCGGUGUGCUGAUGGGCUUCACAAAUACUAUUGCUACAAUUCCUGGAUUUGUAGGUCCAUUGAUUGUAGGCACCCUCACAGAGAACAAUGACACCAGACAACAAUGGCAAAUUGUUUUUUGGAUUUGUUUUGGUAUUUAUGCAUUGGGCCUGCUCACAUAUCUUUUAUUUGGUUCUGGAGUGGAACAGGAGUGGGCUAAAGACUCCUACACUGGUACAGCAACUAAUCCAUUACACAUAGAACCUCUAAUACAAGCAGAAAAAGCAGAAGAAACGUUACCAUACCCACAGUAUUCAAGUGAAGGAAGUUUGCGGACAAACGGCAUUAUACCUGUUGAUUAAUCUGUUUUUUUUUUUUAAAUGUAUUGAAAUUCCUUGGUUACAGCAAGGCCAUAUUCUGGAUUGUCACUAAUGAGGUAAAAAGAUAUACCAACUUGGUUCGGUGGUAGGGGAAGAGUCAGUUGAAUCUCAGCAGAUUUUAUUUUCCAUUGCAAUUGCAAUUUUAAUGCCUAAUACUGGCCUUAACAAUAAAUAAAAUGUAAAGAUUAAAGAUUCUCUUUUCAUCUUUAUUACCAAAUGUUAUGAUCAGUAUAUUAUAAACUGUCUUAAAAAUGUGGACAUUUCCGAUUUAAUGAUGUGCGUAGGCACGCAUUGCAUCCCCUGGAUUCGGGCAGUAGUUUGUUAGUGUUUGCAUUUCAAUCCAUAAUGUUUUGCACAAAAUACAUACCCUACUGUUAAUUUUUUUCAUUUGGAAUGUAGUAUUAUUUUUUUAGUAUACAACUUUACAACUCUAUUGAUAGUGUUAUAAUAAUAAAUAUCAUAAAAUUAGAUUUUUUUAUUAACAUUUAAUUAUUGAUAUUGAAUUUAUGGUAAUGUAUUCUAUCAUAAAUUUAUAUUUUUUAUGUUUAUUUGUACACUGAUGUAGGUAGCUGGUGCUACCGAAAAUUUCAUAUCAAUAAACACCAAUGUCUUAAUUACAGUA